AUGGCCACGCAGGUACACCAGCUCUCGCUCGGCCCGCUUACGGCGCACGCCUUCAACGCCGACCGCAGCAAGGUGGCCGUGUCACCCAACUCGAAUGUGGUGCACAUCUACGCCAACGGUGCAUCGGGCUGGGUGCUCGAGCACACGCUGGCCGAGCACGACAAGCUCGUCACGGGCAUCGACUGGGCUGCGCAGUCGAACCGCAUCGUAACGUGCUCGCAGGAUCGCAACGCCUACGUGUGGCAGCUGCAGCCCGACACUCAGACUGGCGCGCAGGUGUGGAAGCCGACGCUCGUUCUGCUGCGUCUCAACCGCGCCGCUACAUUUGUGCGAUGGAGCCCGAACGAGGACAAGUUUGCGGUGGCCUCCGGCGCGAGGAUCAUCAGCAUCUGCUCGUUCGAGGAGGACAACGACUGGUGGGUUGCCAAGCACAUCAAGCGUCCGCUCCGAUCCACCGUACUGUCACUCGACUGGCAUCCCAACAAUGUGCUGCUUGCCGCAGGGUCGGCCGAUAUGCGUGCACGCGUGUUCAGCGCCUACAUCAAGGGCGUGGAUGCCAAGCCGCCUGCGAGCGUGUGGGGCGAGCGUCUGCCGUUCGGCACCGUGUGCGGCGAGUUCGCCACCCCCAGCGGUGGAUGGGUUCACGGCGUGGCUUUCAGCCCCAGUGGCGAUGCCCUUGCAUUCGUCGGUCACGAUUCGAGCCUUACCGUCGUCUACCCCAGUGGGCCCGAACAGCCUCCUGCUGCAGUGCACGUGAUUCGCUCGCCCACUCUGCCGUAUGUCACGCUGACGUUUGUCACCGAGACGCAGAUCAUCGCCGCCGGGCACGAUUGUCAGCCCGUGCUCUUCCAGGGCGACGCACAGCAGGGCUGGGCGAUCGUCAAGUCGCUCGACGCCGCCGGAGCUGCCGCUUCCAAGGGUGCCCCUCCUCCGCCUCCCCCCAAGGCACCCGGUCUGUCGGGCCCCAGCGUCGGCCGUCUGAACAACGAGGCGUUCAACCGAUUCAAGUCGGCCGACAGCCGUGGCGGCUCGUCCUCCCCGCUCCCCACUGCCGCAGGUGGAGGAGGCGGAAGCGUUGCUGGUGCCCUGGGUGCUGUUGCAGGUGCGAGCGUCGGCGCCGAUGGUGAACUGCACACCACCCAUCAGAACACCAUCACCAGCAUCCGACCUUUCUCGGGCGCACGAGACAACGUCGACCACAUCUCGACCUCGGGCGUCGACGGCAGACUCUGCAUCUUCGCUGUCGCCCAAGGCACACCCGUCGGAGGCAUCCAGAAGGGCCUCUCCAGCCUCCAGAUCUAA